UUUCGUCUUCUUUUAGAAAAAGGUUUGGAUCAUAUUGGUGAAAAUAUCUUAUCAUAUUUGGAUGCAGAUUCCUUAAAGGCCGCUGAAUUAGUAUGUAAAGAAUGGUUGCGUGUUAUAUCGGAGGGUAUGCUCUGGAAGAAAUUAAUCGAACGUAAAGUUCGUACAGAUUCCUUAUGGCGUGGCUUGGCCGAACGACGUGGUUGGAUUCAACAUCUAUUUAAACCACGUCCUGGUUCUAUACACAGACCACAUUCUUUCUAUCGGGCAUUAUUUCCUAAAAUUAUGAAUGACAUUGAAAGUAUUGAAAAUAACUGGAGAACAGGACGUCAUAUGUUGCGUCGCAUCAAUUGUCGUUCGGAAAAUUCAAAAGGUGUUUAUUGUCUGCAAUACGAUGACGUUAAGAUUGUAUCAGGUUUACGUGAUAAUACCAUUAAAAUAUGGGAUCGCACGGAUUUGCAAUGUGUAAAGACUCUAACUGGUCACACUGGUUCAGUUUUGUGUCUUCAAUACGAUGACAAAGUCAUUAUCAGCGGUUCAUCCGAUUCAACGGUACGCGUCUGGGACGUUAACACCGGUGAAAUGGUUAAUACCCUCAUACAUCAUUGUGAGGCCGUUUUACAUUUACGUUUCAAUAAUGGCAUGAUGGUUACCUGCUCUAAGGAUCGUUCGAUUGCUGUUUGGGACAUGACUUCACCAAGUGAAAUUACUUUACGUCGUGUCUUGGUGGGUCAUCGUGCCGCUGUCAAUGUCGUUGAUUUCGAUGAGAAAUAUAUUGUGUCGGCCAGUGGUGAUCGUACAAUUAAGGUUUGGUCAACUUCAUCGUGUGAAUUUGUGCGCACGUUAAAUGGUCAUAAACGUGGCAUUGCCUGUUUGCAGUAUCGUGAUCGUUUAGUGGUCAGUGGUAGUUCAGAUAAUUCAAUAAGACUUUGGGAUAUUGAAUGUGGUGCUUGCCUACGUGUGCUUGAGGGUCACGAAGAAUUGGUACGUUGCAUACGUUUCGAUUCCAAACGUAUUGUUAGCGGUGCCUACGAUGGCAAAAUCAAAGUAUGGGAUUUAGUGGCAGCUUUAGAUCCAAGAGCACAAUCCAAUUCAUUGUGUCUGAAUACUUUAGUGGAACACACUGGUCGCGUUUUUCGUUUACAAUUCGAUGAAUUUCAAAUUGUCAGCAGCUCACAUGAUGAUACAAUAUUAAUAUGGGAUUUUCUUAAUUUCACACCAAAUGAGAAUUCUACUGUUCGCACACCUUCACCUGCUCUCAUGGAACAUUAACAAUUUGUAAAAGAUCAGAUGCUUAGACAUGACGGUUUAACUGUUUUUUUGGAUUACGGUAAAUUUGAAAAAACGUAACAGUUGUUGAGUGUGUGUGUAUGUGUCUCAAAUCAUUCAACAUUGUUGCGUUUUUAAACAAAAAAUAUUCCGUUACACUUGUGCAACCGAUCUCUCUCCCUUUUAAUCUCUACUAAUAAAACCACAACAACUUCUCUUAUAAAAGAAAAUUAAGAAAAAAUAAAAAAAUUAAAAGCAUAUGUUCAAUUAGCAGAGUGUAUACAAACAAAAAAAAUAUUAUUAUG